GGAGAGUGAUUGAGGAUAAUAAUCAUUUUCAAGGAAUAAAUUCCAUCAGCCUUUCCACAAUUGAUCGCAUCCUCCGAAAGCAUCGGUUCCGGAUGAAACAGGUGUACCGCGUCCCUUUUGAACGAAACUCUGACAGGGUAAAAGACCAACGAGUGGAAUAUGUUCAGAGAAUCUUUGAGAUUGAAGGCUGGCCUGUUCCACCUGAAAUUAUCUUUGUGGAUGAGGCUGGUUUCAACCUCACCAAAAGAAGGAGAAGGGGGAGGAAUAUAAUCGGCCAUCGGGCUAUUGUAAAUGUCCCUGGUCAGCGUGGAGGGAAUGUCACGAUGUGCGCCGCCAUCAGCCAACGAGGGGUACUCCACCGCCAUGCCAGUCUAGGACCCUAUAAUACUAUGCUCCUUCUUGCAUUCCUUGACGGUCUAAGAGAGCAUAUGUUCCAGCUGGACCACAGGGAACCAGCACAACCAGAGCACCCUCACUAUGUUGUUGUUUGGGAUAACGUCAGCUUCCAUCGCGCUGCUCUGGUUCGUGACUGGUUUACCGAUAACCCAAUAUUUUCCAACCUCUUUCUGCCUGCAUACUCUCCAUUUCUUAACCCAAUAGAGGAGUUUUUUUCGGCAUGGCGGUGGAAAGUGUAUGACCGAGAACCUUAUAUGCGUGUUCACCUCCUUCAGGCUAUGGAAGAAGCCUGCCUAGACAUAUCAGUAGAUGCGUGCCAGGGGUGGAUCAGGCAUGCAAGAGGAUUUUACCCCCGCUGCCUGGCUAGGGCCAAUAUAGCCUGUGAUGUGGACGAGAUUCUCUGGCCUGACCCAGAGCAAAGACGGGAUGCUGAUGCAGAAUAAUAAUUUUUUUUUUAACU